CGUGAAGUUGCGCGUCUCUGCGGCGAGCACAAAGGCUUAUGCUUGACAGCUUGCGAUCUCUCUGGAUGGCUUCUCAGCUAUGUGCCUCUACCAAAGAACUAAAUAAAUGCGCAUGUCGCGUAUGUAUUUGAGCGACUGGCCACGGCAACACAUUCCCGAGAUUACAGAGUUGAUUGGAUUCAGCGUCACUGUUGAUACUCGUACUUUGAUACGAUCAUGGCGACCUUCAAAGCCCUCAACCUCGAAUCCGACAGCGAAUCCGACGAUGAAGUCGACAACACGAAGGAGAUUCAGAUAGAGGAAGCAUUGAAACUGUAUCAAAACGCACUGAAGUACCACUCCGAGGGACCACAGUCAUACGAUAAAGCAAAAGAAGCCUAUGCCUCCCUAUUCAAUUCCGAAGUUUUCAAGUACCCCGAGUCCUUAUCCGAGUAUCGCAGAUCGGAGUUACUGGGGGAUCAGUUUGAUUUUGAAUAUGCUUUGCCCGAUGAUGUGGAGGCUGGACCUGUAGCACUACCUGCGCCCUCUGACAGCGCGCCUAAUACUCUUCCUCAAAUACUUCACCUGUCAAAUAAGAACCAUGGUCAACUGCUCAUGGACAUCUUAGUGCAACGGCAUAGGGAAUGGACAGCACGCCCUAGAGAGGAACAAGACCAAUUCAAGGUUGAAGAUCUUGCCCUGAACCUCAUCAAUGCAGCUGUAAUCGCGCUCGACUACUUUGCAAAUGCUUUGGACAAAGAUGAUGCUGAUAUUGGACUGUGGUCGCGCACAGCCUCAGUCGCUGAAGUUAUUGGUAGCAAACGUUUGGCAAGGUUCUGUAUAGAAGCUGUACUGGAUGGAGACGACGAGGGAUUGGAAGGUAUUUUGAGGCUUCCUGGUCUACAGGAGACUCGUGCAAUGCAGCAGUUGAAAGAACUGGCAGAAGUUGUCGAAGAUGAUCUUUCCGUACUUCAGCCUCCUUUGUCUUCGUGGCAGCGUAAGAGUCUCUCAAGUGCCUUGAAACAGCGACUUGUUACCCAUACGUAUCCCCAGUUAUCGACGAUAGCGUCUUCUGCUUCGAAAUUGAAGAGCCUGGAGAUGGUAACUGGAUCAAGUCCUCAAGAUCAGACUCUUUCACCGGCAAAAGAAGACUGGGGUGCAGUUGGUGAAUCCAUUCUCCAGACAUAUGUAUCAGAGCAGAAUGGGGUUACUAAAAGUUCUCAUGGUGCAGCGAUCAGGCUAGCUGUAAAGGAAACGGACGUCAAGUUCCUUCCGCAACACGAGGCGAAGGAGAACGAACUUAUACAUUCUGAGCCCUCUCCAACACCCGUGGCACGAAAGUCACCAUCAGACGAGGACCUCGGAAGGACUCAAGAUGCGAACGAUAAUGCGAUGGAAGAACCGCCUCAAGAAAGUGCGGAGCCCCCAUCUACUAUAGAUGCUGGUACAGGAGAGAUAAGCACACUCCCAUCUAGGAAACGGUCGACUGAGUCUGCCGGCUUGCCAGAGACUGCCGAAGGCGGACGCGGCCGAAGCAAACGUUUGCGAGCUCGUGAAACUGUGACUGAGAGUCAACAGGUGCCAGACCAAGCCAGUACGGAAAUCGCCAAACAAAUUACAAAUCAGCUAUGGAAUUACGAGCAAGCAGAUCACUACCUUUUCACUAUCGCUGGGGACCUAUUCCGACAUAUCGAUGUUGAUGCUUUUGGCACUUCUGCUUCUCUCCGAGAUGUUCUUAAAAAUGAACUUCCCACCACACUAUCUUCGGACGGUGAGCGUCUUUCUUAUGCCAUGCAGGAUCUUCAUACUGUGCUCCAAGCAUGUACACCAAAGACGACUAGGCUCUUUCGACACGGUGAGUCGGUAGACACUCUCAGUGGCAUGUCUCGCGAAGCUGGAUUGAACGCAUUUCUGGGUAACGCUCGAAGCACCGUCUCUCCCAAAAAUUCGAAACCCAUGCUAGAUCGCACCGAGGGUCUCUGUUCAUGGAUGGACGAGAUCAAUACAAGCUGGCUAUCUAUCAAACAGGUUGCCCUUCGUUGGCUUAAAUGCUUCCUCAUGCCCCAAUCGUUUCCAUCAACGACCUCUAGCCACAUUUUCCAAUCAAGCUACAUGUCCCAUAAAUGGCCUGAAGACGUCAAGCGCACGAUUGUUCAAGUCCUGGUCCAUCUGGACGAAUGCAUCUAUGAAGAUGCUCUCGACCUCUUGAGUACCCUGAAUGCUUCGCUACUGGGCAGUGAUGAGUCCAUGAACAAGUACGAGUUCUCCGAGUUUGAUGCUGCACUAGUAGAAUAUAUCGAAACGCUCUUUGAGCUACACCUAGAUGUGUACUCGCUCAUCAAAAACAGUACCGUAGAUACCACAACGCAGGUGCUACAACACGAUCGCCUUGAGAAAUGGGCCCUUUUAGCGAGAGAUGCGCUAAGUCUUCGCCGAGAUGGCGUGCCUACUACAAAUAUGGACGACCUCUCUCUUCGGCAUAUUUGGGCGUCCGCUUUUCACAUCAGCGUAUGUGACGGCGUGUUGCAACAACACGUUGUUCGUUGUAUAGAGGAUGUGAAAGACACCCUGGCUGCUUUGAACGAUCAUGUCAUUAUAGUGACCAACAACGCCAUCAUGCCAGAGCUCUCACUAAGUGCUGCAGAUAGAGAGCUUGCUAAGAUCAACAUGAAAGACUUUUUCUUAAAAGUUUUUGACCACGACGAGAAGGACCCUGUGGCGGUCAUUGAGAGCCUGGAGCCUAUUGUCGAGCCUUCUGAAUUGAUAGAUGUCAAACGUACUGUAGGGCCGAAUACGCAGAACGAAUAUGACGGCGAUGUUACUAUGGAGGAGCCAGACAAAGUCGAGGGUGACGUGCCCGAUAUCUCAACCAAAGGAAUAAACCCGGGUAGGAACGUAUCACUGACUCCAUAUACCGAGAUGCGAAAGUUUCUCGAGAACGCAAGUUUAUCACUACGACUCUCGCUUUGGCAACGCCUCCGCGAGGCCUAUCAAUCAAUCGAGUAUUAUCCGAAGGUCAUGUCAUGCUAUCUGCGAAGCAUUGAGCUGAUCUCCAACAACUUCAAAUCUGUCAUCUAUACAGAGUCUCAAGAAGAUCAGCGUCAGUUUAUGCUGCUCAGCGGGAUUCGGAUUCUUGAUGAGAUUCUCUUCAAAAUCAUGACACUCAUCAAUAAGGGCAACUUCGAUCCCUUCGAAUGUCUAGACGAAACCCAUCUCAAGUCGUCUGCAAAUGCGAUAGCCGAAAUACUCCGACUACUUACUGUUUCUGACGUCUAUGAAGAUCGUAUCCGCGUCGGCCAAGUACCAGUAUCCACGACACAAGGACGAGGAAACGCGGAUUAUAACAUGAUCAGUGCAAGGAUUAAAGACAUGCAUGUUCGAGCAUGGACACUACAAUACUUGCUCCUCAAAGAAGGCAUGAAGCAGAAUCCCGACAAGUACCCUACAGCAGAUGAUGAUCGCUUAGACUUUCUGCGACACAUACACUAUGCGAUGGGGCUGCGCCAAUAUGGGCAUAUGGCCAACAAAGUCUUCCUAAAGCUGCUGAAAGAUGAGCUUGUUCAUCUCAACGAUGUUAGCGAUAAAAAGGCUAGAGAUGCCGAGCUUUGCCAGACGCUCUAUGAUAUUUAUGGACUCAAGUGCUUUACGAAAGCUGAGGACUCCAUGGAGUACGGCUCUCCGGAAGAGCCACUGGAUGCGAAGACUGCCACACAGUUGUUACCAUUUGUGAUGGCACAAGCACAUAAAAUCAGUGUCAAAGACCUACCCAAAACAGAACACAAAGCAGCGAUCGACAAGCUUCAUGGCGCGCUUGGGCGUCCGAAAGCGAACGGUGAUAUGAUGAUGAACAGAAAGGUCAUAACUUCCUAUCUGAAAUCUCCUAUCAACCCUCUGAAUUGCUUCCGAUGCCUGCAUGGAGUUGGGGCCUUGUCGACGAAACAUAUAUCCCCAAACCGUGCCAUCGCUGCUUCUAAGGGCUGGUAUUUCCUCAUGGGCAAUAUUGCAUUAAACAAGUUCCGGUCUCAGAAACGAAUUGCUCAAGGUCCGACCGAAGAAAUAAACUUUGCUGCUGCAUUCUUCAUGCAAGAUCUAGAAUACUCUAUCGAGCGCUGGGAAACCUGGUAUCGUCUUGCUCAAACAUAUGAUACACAGCUGGAAGAAAGUGUUUCGUGGUCAGCCGAAAAAUUAAAUGGGGACCAAUACGAUAUUAUACAACUACAAAGAAAUGCAGUGCAUUGCUACACUAUGGCAGUUGCUUGCGCAAACAGGCAAGUCGACAUCACAGAAGAAGAUAAGACCACGAUGGCCGAGAUGUACGCAGACUUCGGCAUGCGAAUGUACUCUUCUUCUCGUCCCCCCUACAGCUCGAAAGCGUUCGACUUUCGUGAAUCCGAAACACGAUUUCUUAGCCGCAACGUCGUCCAGCAAGAGGCGCCAUAUGAAAGUUUUAAAGAAUUCACUUUAUGGAAAUUCUCGAAGACACUGUUUAUUCGUGCAAUACGCGGCAAUCCUGAUCGCUGGAUGGACCAUUUUAUGCUUGGCAAGUGUCUAUGGAAGAUGUAUAACUGCACCACACGCAACCAUAUCGACAAUGCCCCAACCAUCGAACAAAUUGUAAAUGCAUUUGUCAAUGCUAUUGAUCGGUUGCCGGGGAAGAAAGACUCUAAACGCGAGCCAGUUCUUGAGCCUCAUUACAAGCUUGUUUCAAUCAUCAACAAGUUGGUCCAUGAUAAGAGUUUGGGUCACGAAAGUGCUUGUGAGGCCUUGCAGUCCACUCGAUAUGCGCGGACACUCGGAAAGUCCCAGGACUUGGAUGACUGGCAGUCAUAUGUGCUCCAAAUUCUUAAGCAACUGCGAAGCGCUGACAAGUCUGGCUGGCAUCAUCGCAUGACGGCAAGAGCGGCGCACGUUGUAUACGAUGACGACAAAUCUAGUAUCAUGGCGGCCAUGGGUGCUAAGCAUGAGUUGACGCAGCAGAUCUUCACAAAAACAAUGGCAGUCCAAGUAUGGAAACCUGAGAAUGAAAGACCUGGCCGGCAUUUUGUUUACACCACUCUCUACACAGACUUCUUUCUACAACUGCUCGUCCAACUUAACGAACGCAGUAGUCUUGAAGCUUUAGCGAAAAGAGUUCGGAAGCGGCCUCAUGACUUCUUUGAGCACUCCAAACUUUGGUAUAAGAUUUGUGUGGAGUACAUAAAGCUACUUCGGCGUCAUGCGAAAGUUCCGGAAGGUCACGAAGACAUCAUUUUCAAAUCACUCAGUAGCGAAGAGUUCGCAGUCAAGGCAGACCGGCUCGAACAAUGGCUUUUGACCGCGGACAGUUCUAUGCCCGUAAUCGAAGUUCUCAGAGAGGCCGUUGAAUUCAAGAAGCUGAACAGUGGCCUCGCUAAAUACGCGCUGAUAGAUGAUACUGUCGGAGAUGCAUAUGCCGUGCUAUAUGCAGAUAUCGCCCUGACAUUACCACCACUGCCUUCAGAGACGCCUAGCCUUCCUCUGAAUGCUACUGCAACCCCUUUCUCUGGAGGUCAAGCGCCAGAGAGAACCAAUAUGAUGUCGUUGACCUCCCUCAUGAAUAUGGCUAAUUCGGACAAGGCUACUAUAGGGGGUGUUGGAGUCGUGAUGAAUGCUGCGGCUUCAUCCACUGUCACAACAGAACCUGUAUUGGCUCGUCCGCGCUUCAAGGCUGUGAAUCGCCGAGAGAUUGCGCGCCGCGCCGAGGCAGCUGUUGCCAGAUUAACUACCCUUCAGACAGCUGCCAAGACUCCUGUCCUCCCACAGGGCGAUCAUACCGUCGAAGUCGUUAUCCGUUCGCCUGUUCACGAUAGGCGAAAGUCAUUUGGGCCUAGUGGUGACAAUACUUUGUCUGCCCCAGAUCGUGAUGAUGAAGGUGCCGAGGUCAGUGCACCUGGUAGUGUACAUGAUAGUGCAGAUGAUGAAAGCGAGCUCACGCAAUUGGAGGACGAUGAUGACGAGGACGACGAGGACGACGACACCGAACCCCGUCCACCGAAGUCCAUGUUUCCCAAUCUGUUCCGAAAGGACCACCUUGCUGCUGAUGAUACAGGGGCUAGUAGCGUAGCUAGUCCAGAGGCAGUGACUGCCGAUGAAGGUCAUCCCGACGAAGGAGAUGAAGAUGUGGAGGACAUCGAUGAUGAGGUAUUCGAGGAAGCGGAGGAAGAACAGCUACAAGCCGACGAUGAUGGACCCGAGAAGAUCGCUGAUGAUCACGAUUGAACAAUGCAGAAUCCUUGAAUAUCAUCUGAAAUAUCUGUAUAUAUUGUAUGAGUACCAGAACUUUUGGCGUUUCCGACCUGAUCAGGUUCAUUUGGGUCAUCUCCGGAGUAGAGCUACCAGACUAGCCUAAGGAUGGAAAUCGGGACGGUUGUCUGUCCUCGCACAUAAUAUUAUGCACUUGGCUUGAGAGGUGAUAUGACGAGAGACACAAUGUGUACGAGCCAAAGAUAUGAUCUACAGACUCCCGUAUCUAACUUCAUUAGUAACAAAUGAUACAUUAUUCUGGC